CUCGCGAGGCUUCGGCUUCGGCUUGUUCCGCUUCCGGGUGGCGGCGGUUGCUAAGGCCGGGCCCGGUUGCUAAGAGAGGCCUAGUCCAGGCUGAAGGCGUUAUGGCAGGGAGCCGCUUGGAGAAGCUGGGCUCCGUUUCAGCAGGACGCGGGACCUGCUGCGCUCAGGGGUGAUGCCUGAGGCCAAGAAGCCCACCUGGUACGACGUUUACGCUGCUUUCCCUCCGCUGAGGGAACCUGUCUAUCGGAACCCUUGCCCGCGCUACAGCAAAGAGGAAGACCUCGUCCCUCCCAUCUUGUACCCGGAGGACAAAAUCCGAGCGAAAUUUUACGAAGCUUAUGGAAGUGGCCCAAGAGCCUUUGAGCUCUCCAGGUUAAACUUCAAAUCUGCUUGCCAAAGGUUUGUUGAGAAGUACAAUGAACUGCAGAAGCAAGGAGAAAUGGAUGAUGAAAGGCUGUUUGAAGAGACAGGGAAGGCCCUCUUGGCAGAGGGAGUUCUCUUAAGAAGAAAAGGAGUAGGGAAUGUAACACCUGAAGCCAAGACCAGGGACCCUAUGCUGGAACUGAGACUACAAAGCAUGUUGCAGGAAAUGCAAGACAACCCGCAAGAGCAGGACCCUGAGCCCAUGGAGGAGGUGCCCAAGGAAGGCCCCCCGUCAUCCUAAGGGCUAGGCAUUUCUCAGUCUUGGUUUUAAAACAGUGUCAAGUGCCACUGAAUGUCUGGCCUGUGACACUUGUGACAUUCUGGGCCAAGAUUCUGGACAAGUGACAUUCUGGAAGUGUUUAACCCACUUCCUUUUUUCCCACUGGUGUGCUGUACAACCUUGUGAUGUGCCUUCAGUUCCAGAGUGGAAGAAUGUAGGCGAUAUACAGUUGUACCUACUGAAGUACACAUUUAAAAUAAUGGGUUCAGUAAUUAAACACAUCCUUCUGCAAUGGGGGAGUUGAAUGGCAUGUGGAAUGGUCUGGUCACUGAGGCUGUAAACCUAGACAUUAUUAAGUCCCAUUAUUAAGUGGGAUUCCUGAUUAACUAUGUGAUAUCAAGAAAGAUCAGACUGAGAUUUUGCUUUUCUUCCUGCUUUACAGAGAGUGCACCUGUGCAUCUCGUCUGGACAUAUCUGAUGGUUCUGUAUGGGCAAAGUCAUACCAAAUAAAUCCAGUCUAACUCCC